AAAUAAUGGGUCAGAGAUUCUACUGCAGUUUUAGUCAAAAUUUUCAUGUAAAAAGCAUGGCUGAAAAAAAUUAGAAAUUUAUGUAAAUUUGUUGUCGUUUUUUCCUAAUCUUAGCAUUUGCACAAUUAAUUUAAGAACAUUCUUUUAAAUCUAAUAAUUUUCACAUUUAAUUUCAUUGCAGCACAGAGAGACAAGAAGUUUGUCAAAAAUGGUUAUGCCUUGCAGUGGAUCUUCUAAAGAUUCUAGUCAACAAAAUAAGAAUGGAGAAAAUGGCCACUGUGCAUUUGAAGACUUAGAUCACUCAGUUCUUCAGCAGCCAUUAAAUUUGGGAGUGACAAAUGUCAGGCAAAUAUUGAAAUGCAUUCAGAGUGGAAGUAAAGAAAUAAAAGACAUUAUCCUCAAUGAAUGCAAUAUUGUUUAUGAAUGCAAAGUGUGCACUGGACUAUUUCGUAGUCUUGCAAAUUUCAUGUAUCACAAAAGAUGUUAUUGCAAAAAACACCUCUGUGAAGAAAUGGUAUUAUUUGAAAACUUUGAAGAAGAAACACCAGUAGUCAUCCAGCCAGAACCACCCACUGACUAUAAUGCAAAAACAUCACAGAACAUUGCAACUACACCUGAAAUACUAGAGUGUACAGUCGACUUAGUUAAAACAGAUUUGGCUUUUACAACUGCAUUUUCAAGUACAGACAUAGCAAGUAAACCCAUUUCUAAAAGUUCAGAUGUUCCAAAAGAGAAAACAGUUCCAUCUGGUGAGAAUAAAACAAAGGGAAAAGCCACUGAAGAUAAAAAUAUGUCGCAAACAGAUAAAAAUGAAAAUACAAUGAUAUCAAGAAGAACCAGAGAAAAAAAUGCUCAAGCUGUACAUUCUACAGUUGACAGUAAAAUGACAAAAGCUACGUCUUCUGAUGAACCACCAGCAAAAUCUGUGAAAAUCACAGUAAAAGAAAACUCUGUGAAAGCUAAAGAAAGUGAUGCCCCUAAAACUAGCCCUGUCAGCACUAGAAACAGCAAUGUAACAACCAGCUCAAAUAAAAAUACUGAACUAAAAGAAACUGAAAUAGUAAAAAAUAAAACUAUGACAGAUAAAAAUGUUCAAACCUUUCCAAAAAUUAUUUUCAAAACAAUUGAUGGCAAUUCACAUGCUGUUUUUCAAAGUACAGAAAAAAAGAAACUAGACAAUAAUAAUAUUAAAACUAAACUUGAAAGUCCGAUAGUGCAGACAAAAACAGAUAAUGAUAAAUUGAUCAUUGUUCUGAAAAAAGACCUAAAAGUAGCAUCAUGCUCUGAUUCGAAGUCACCUGAAAAGUCUACUAAAGAAUCCUCAAAACAAAGUGAGUUUCAUUUCACAAGACGAAAGAGACUCAUGACUCGUAAUGAUUGCAGUGUGCACGAAUUAAAGUGCCUUGUAUGUAAAACACAGUUCAUGUCAUUGAAAACACUGUAUUUCCAUAUGCUGUCUUUACAUUCUAAAAAACGUUUAUAUUAUCCAUGUCCAUUCUGUAAAACACUUUUUGUUCAGAUGUAUGGUGUCACUAGGCAUUUAAUAUCUAUACACAAUAAAACUAAAGAACAGAUUAAUAAGUUGCGGGAUGUAAUAAAGAAGAAGAGUGUGUGGAGGAAAGUAGAUGAUGUGAAUCCUUCAAGUGAUAAUUCCCAAAGUCCUUUGAAAACAGAAGACUUCCAGCAAAAAGGAGAAGAAAAAAAUGAAGUUAAACCUAAUCAUAACACUUUUGAAGUAAGUUGUCAUGAAAGUUCUCCUAUAAAAACAAUAAUAAAAAUUGGUAAAAAUGUUACACUCCAUCAAUGUUCCAAAUGCAAUAGAGUUUUUGGUAGAAAAUCAUCCCAAGUAAGCCAUGAAAAAUUUUGCAUUAUGAAUGCCAUAAAGGUAGAGACUGUUGAUUUGACAGGAAGUCCAACAAGCCCACCACCAACGGUCUCUUUUACGUCUCUGUCUCCAAAACAAAACUCAUCAGAGCAGCAAAUAAGCAAAUCCACUCUAACAAUUAAACAGCCAUCUUCAGAUGUUAAAAUUAGUGCCAGACCAAAAAGAGGUGCUGAAAAGCAAAUGCAUAAAGACUUUGUUAACAGUCAGACUCUGAAAUGGCGAUCUGCUAACAGAGUGGAUACAAAUGGUAAAGCUGUUUCACCAAUUAAAAAGAAUAAUGCUAAAAAUUUAGAAAAAAAAGUUUUGAGUAUAAUGAAUGCUGAAAAUUUAUUAUGUUUAAAAUGUGAUAAAAAAUUUUCUUCUUAUUCAAAUCUGAGACGACAUAUUGCAAUACAUGUUGGAUGGACACGUUUCAAGUGUAAAUAUUGUGAAUACCAAGCUUAUAACAAAUCGCAGUGCUGGUCUCAUGUUCAGAAAGCGCAUGCUAUAAAUGAGUCUGACAUGGACAAAUGUAUUGUGAAUUUAGUCAGCAGCAAUUUUUCUAAGAAAGCAACAUCUAGCAACCAGAUUUCUUCAACUACAAAACGUGGUCAUGAAAUUAGUAGCAAAUCUGUUUCAUCGAAGAAUAGCACAAUUCCUAAAGUAAAAAUUUCAAAAAAGAAAGCCAUGAAUGGCUGUACAAAGAAUGUAUUUGAAAAGAAAAUAAUAUCAACAAAUAAAAAAGAAACUUCUGACCAUAAAACUUAUGAGAGAAAGGAAUCAUGUGAGAGUAAAAAAGAGAAUCAUGAAAGUAAAAAAGAAAUUUCAGAAAACAAAAAGGAAAUGCCAGAAAGUAAAAAGGAAUUUCAGGAAAAUAAAAAAGAAGUUAAUGAAAAUAAGCGAGAGAUACACGAGAAUAAAAAAGAGAAGAAUCAGCAUCCUGGGCAUAUCCAUAAAUAUAGUAUAUCUGAAUAUAAAAAAGAGACUAGUAAUUACAAAUCUGUAACCACUAGUAAUCCAACUACAAUCAUAUUAUCAAAAAAGAUUCCUACUUCAGCCGUCCAGUCUAUCCUAACAUUUUCACCAACUUCUAUGUCUUCCACCUCUAGUAAGAACUCAACACGUUCAUCUCCUAGAAAAUAUGAUCCUAAAGUACCUGAAGAUAAAAGUCUUGUGACAAGAUCCAGUGCUUAUGCAAAAACUAAUCCAAUACAGAUAAAAUUACCUCCUGUACCUCAUUUUCCAGAAAAGACUUAUGCCAAAAAAGACAGGCUAAUAAGUGAAUGGUUCCCCAAAAAGGACUUGACUAAUAAUGCUCGGAGAGACUCAGCACCUUUGAUUAUAGGUUUAGUACCUGCCUCAAGUCCAGGUUUAAAUGCUAGAGCAAAAAAUCCUGGUGGAGCAUUUGAGAGAAAUACCUAAAACAUUUUCUUUGGUUUGGUGAUUCAGAUUUAUGCAAAACUAUUUUUCUCAUGUAAUGUUCAACAAUGAUACAUUCUAGUUUUUUAAUGAAAAUGCAACUUUUGUUUUAAUCUUGACAUACUAAUUUACACUUUUAAAGAUUGUUUCCACUGUUGUAAUACAGUAACAAAUUUGUUAGCAUUUGGUUAGAAUGAAAAAUAGUCCAUCGAUUGUCAGAUUUAUAUUUAUUUUCUUUAAAUGAAUGAAUAUAUGUAUAAUAUAAUGAAUGAAGAGGAAAAUAACAGAGUUUAAUAGUCAUGAUAAAGUUAUCAAUAAUUAAACAUUUUUAAAUAAUUUUAAACUGUUGAAAAAUUUCAAGCAUUUUGUGUUUGAUUAUUAAAAAAAUGUAAAGAAAAAUUUGUGUUUUGAUAAUGUGAAGGUUUGUCACUGGAAAUAUCUUGACCACUAAAUUGUUAAAACUUUCUUAAAACAAUUAAAAUGGGGAAAACAUUGUUUGAAUGUAUCUAACAUAAUCAUAGAAAAAAAAUAUGCCCAUAUUUGCAAACUUUUGUUUUCUUUAUUUAAUUGAAUUCUAAAAAUUACUUUAAAAGGAUAUAAUAAUAUUUUAUUUCAAGUUUGCUAUUAAAUUCCCUCCCCUCUAUCUUUGGGGAAUGUAUAAUUUAAUCAAUAUUAUUAUUUACACAUACAGUGUAAUAAAGCCUUCUCGUCCAUAAAAAAAGCUGCAUCAGAGGCUAUACUGCAGUGUAAUUCAUAUAAAUUUGCAAUUUUAACAAAUAAACGGAAUUCAUGCAGAAUUAAUUUCAAAUAAGAAUACAAAAUCCAUAUCUUUUCUAUUUAAACGUAACAGUUAACUACAGCAGUUUAAUUAAAUUCUAAAAUUUAAUUAAGUAAAUUACAUUAUUGAAUUUUUCUGAAAUUAUACUAUGUAUCAUUUUUAUAAGUGGUUCAAAUAAUAAUUUUCUUUUGUUAAUUUUUCCCUCCUGUGGACUUAUGGUAGUAUAUUUAACAGCUGCCAAAUAAUCUAGAAUAUGGAACAGCUGAUUUACUUAAUAAAAGUUAGUUUAAGAUGUUAAUAUUAUUUUUUAAUUUCAUGUUUUUCUUAUUAUACAAGUUUCAAAGUACUUUGUUCUGAAAAAGUUUUCAUAUGCUGAAUUCUUUUGCUUUUUUGAUGUUCAAACAAAUUGCAUUAUGAAUUUCGUUGAAAUUUGUGAUUUUACAUGUGGAUUCUACUUUAUUAAUUAAAAAAAUAUCCCAAUUCUGUUUCGGAUAUCAUGAAAAAUAGUUUUAUAAAAAGAAUUUCAGUUGACUAAAAUGAAAUUCAUGUUUCAUUUAUAUUAUACCUGUCUGUAAAAUGGAAGGCCUUGAUUUUAUCAUUUAAAAAGUGUCACUAAACUGUAUGAUUAAAUAUUCAAUUUUGGUUCCAAUUUUCAUUUUUAGAUUGACAUUUUUUAUGUCAUUAUAAUGCAAGUGAUGAUAAAUGCUUUAUUCAAUUAGAUAAAUUUGUUUCAGCAAUGCUUACACAUACUUGAAAGAACAUAAAUGAAAAAUAAGCAUAAAAUAUAAUAUAUAUGAAUUCUUUUAAAGAAUCUUUUCUGUAAACUUGUAUAUAAAAAGAAUGUCAUUUAGUGCUGUUUACAAAACUGUGUAUUUGCUUUAAGUCCAUAUAUGUACAGCAAUGUGUUUCAUGUUUCAACCUUUUGUCAUAAACAUAUUUCAAAUAAAAUGAAAGAAAAAGUUAAAUUUCUUUGUUAUGUUUGCAACAAUUUUAUUACAUCAAUUGAUCAUUUUACAAAAAUUCUCUAAAUUAUCACAGUACAUUUUAAAAUGUUACAAAAGAAAGGCUAUGAGGAAACACUGAAUUUGCAUUCAUAUGUAUUCAAAAAUCUAAACUGGUAAAGCAAUUUAUAUGAAAAAUAAAAUUUUGUCAAUUAAUUCUUACUUAUAUUUUAAGACUUUUAACAUGAGUUUCAAAGUUAAGAGAUAUAGUAUCAGAAAUAAAAUGCAUAAGCUACUUACUUUUAAUUACUCUUAUCUUCUACUAUUAUUUUAAUUAUGAUAAAAUGGUUAAAUUGUUCAAGGCUAGUUUAAUGCUUGCUUUUCUUUAAAAUAAAAAUUUAAGAGAAAUGCUUAAAAAAAAAAAAA